AUGGAGAAUCCAAGUAACGUGAACAAGCACAUCGACAAAGAGGCCUAUCUAGAGAAAACUUCAAGUUCAGUCUCGGAAGAAGUUGGGCUCAACACUGUCAACGCAAUCACCUAUAAGGAGCAGUUGCAGCUAUGUGUAAGGCACAGACGUGCGAUCUUGGCCGCUUUUGCCUGCUCGACUACCCCUAUCCUUAUCGGCUAUGACCUGACUUUGAUCGGGUCUAUCAUUGCCAAUACCGAGUUUGUCAAGCAAUUCGGUGUCUACAGUGAAGCCCUUCAGACGUGGUCUCUCCCCGCCUCAUAUCAAUUGGUGUGGACUAUUGUGCAGUAUUCGUCUGCCAUCUUGUCUGCCAUCGGCUCAGGCUAUCUCAAUGACUAUUUUGGUCGCCGUGUUUGUUUUGUAGUCACCGUCUUACUAACUACAGCCGGAACUUUCGUGGAGCUCUUCUCCAAGAAUUGGAAAGUCUGGGUCGCUGCAAAGGUCUUAAUGGGUGCAGCUAUGGGUUCCAUGCAAUCUAAUACUCAGACAUAUGUUUCGGAUAUUACCCCAACCGCCAUUCGAGGAAUCACACUCUCAUUAUUCCAGUUUUGGAUCAUCAUUGGCCAGCUCAUCGCCUCGUGUGUUCUUGAAGGGACAAGCAAAGUCGACAGUUCUUCUACUAUGCGUCCUUGCCAACAGCGCGCCUUUCAUCGCAGGCUUUGA